AUGUUCCUCCUCUCGGCUUUGGCUGUAGCUGUACUGCUAUUCUCCGCAUGGAGGUGGAAGUGGCGAUAUGCCACAAAGGAAAAGCUCGUCGGGACUAGCUUGCAGGAGAAAUCAGACGAAAAGACCGACAUAAUGCCUCUGAAAGAUUUUGACUGGCAGGACAUCGAUCCUGCCAAGCACCGGCCAUUCAAACCAGUCUAUCACAUCACCAUGGCCAUCCAAGCAAGUCCGCCAGAAGACCUCAUCAUUAUAGACAACAACUACCUUGAUCGAGUGACCGAGCGUCGUCAGCUUCUGGAUGAGCAUACGUCAACGGUAGCGGGCGCUGUGCCAGAAGGCCUACCUGCCCUUCAUGAGGCCUGGACUUAUAUACUCUCAGAGUAUCUGCCGAAGCGAUAUCCAACCAUGUUCUCCUUGUCCGAGGACAAGACUAAGUUCCAUAACCAUGUUACCAAGACAUCACUGCCCCUCGCGCCGCCGGAGGACCCCGUGACUGCCCUCAAAGCUCUUGGAGAGACCGUGGAAGACGACAUCUUUUUGCUCGUUGAGACACCAGAGGGCCAUCGUUGCGUGGCGUUCGUUUGCUGCCAUCCUGCUGGAUUCGAUCCGUCCAACAAGCUCGGAAAGCUGAUGAAGGACAUUCACACCCCGGUGCCGUCAUAUGAGAAGAUUGGUGCAAGCAUGGAGCGCUUCUUCUCUCGAUUACAGGUUGGGAAGAGCGUCAAGCGGAUGAACUGGUCUGUUUCGACGCAUGAGAACCUCUUUAGCCCGAGCAACUUGCACAUUUAUGAAGGCGACAAGACAGAAGAGGAUGAGGAUGUCGAUAUUUCAAAGGCUUGUUUGCGCCAAGAACUACAAACCUUGACCAGACUUCCCAAGACGGGAGCGAUCAUGUUCUCAUUCAAGACGUAUCUCACGCCCAUAGAAGAGGUGAAGAAGGAGGGGUGCGGGCUCAUACUUGCGGACGCCAUAGAAGGGUUGAAGACGGGUAAUGCGCCUGGCAUGUGGGUAUACAAGGGGGCGUCGCGUUGGGGCAAAAGUGUUUGUGAGUACCUCAGGUCGUGA